AUGGUUAAUGUAAAGAAAGGUGUUCUGGUUACCUGUGAUCCAGCGAUGCGACAACUUCUAAUGCAUUUGGACGAAUCGAGAACACUAGGCAGCAAGUUUAUCGUUAAAGAGCUGGAUGAGACUCACUUAUUUAUCGACCGCGAAAUAGUGAAGAUUCUGGAGGAAAAAUUGGAUCACUUAAUGGAGCAAAUGAAUCCAGAGUUGAACGAGAAAUGA